AUGGCAGCGCAGCAACCUGAGCUCCAGCAGAGAUCUGUCGUAUCUUCUUUCAUUAUCUCUCUACGGGGUAGCCCGCGUGUUGCCCUUUUUAGGCGCAGCGAUUCUGUAAACACUUAUCGUCAUCGCCUGGCACCUAUAUCGGGCACCAUAGAGCCCCAUGAAUCCCCGGUUGCAGCAGCGUGGCGUGAGCUCAAAGAGGAGACCACCCUGACCGCCCGAGACAUUGAACUAUGGAGACAUGGCAAAUCGUAUACAUUCAGUGACCCCUCAAUCAGGCGACAAUGGACCAUCUACCCAUUCGCAUUUCGACUCAAACAUUCGGAUGAGGGUGGUCGAGGCGAAGAAGCUAUCAAAAUCGACUGGGAACACGAUGGCUGGGAAUGGUUUGACCUUCGAGACAUACAAGGAGACGAAUUCGGUGUGCCGCGCUUAGCGGACAGUUUGCAUCGUGUCUGGUUCGAGGCAGAAAUGAGUGGGGAGGCGAGUCAAGCGCUCCGAUCUGGUCUCCAGCAGCUCAAGAAUGACCAUCGAAGCGGAUCGCAUGAGUUGACCACCAUCGCAUUGACGGGGUACCGGGAUGUAUUGGUGCAUCUGCGGGAUGAUUCAAACUGGUGGCGGACUGCUCGCAUGGCCGCAUGGCACAUGUGCAAAAACGGCCGUGAAAGUAUGUCAUCUGCGACACAGAAUGCUUUUCUAGCUGUCUUGAGUGAUCUGGAAAAGCUGGCUGGCUCCGGGUUGGACAACGGCUCCGCAUGGGAUUAUGCCCUGGAUGUGGUGGAUUCCCACCUGGAGAAAAGACGUGCAAUGCCGGCUCGCGUAAGAGACUCAUUUACAGCAUAUCUUAACACCACAUUCAUGCAAAUGGCAGAAUCGCAGUCUACACUUACGAUUCUCACUCUUUCGGCCAGCUCAACGAUUCGGGAUAGCAUUCUGGAUGCAUUUGCAUCUCUGUCGAUCUCAAACUUAGAUAUACGCAUUCUAGAAUCCCGACCGCUCUUCGAAGGUGCAAGUAUGGCAUCUUCAUUGGUUUCAGAGUUCCAGACCAGGUUCUCGUCUCGACUAGACCGUCAUCUCAGACUGGCAGUGUAUACGGACGCUUCCGCUGCCAUCGCUGCUGACGGUGUGGACUUUGUGCUACUUGGAGCAGAUUGCAUAUCGAGCGAGGGAUGGAUCAGCAACAAGACGGGAUCUUUGCCAGCUGUUCUGGCCGCAAGAUACGCCAGUCCGAGUGUAAAGGUCCUGGUAUUCAGUCAAUUGGAGAAGGUGGCUGAGCCGGGGUCUCAAGAAGACCAUAAUGCCGAGAACAACGAUCCUGUGGAACUCAUGACUCCCUGGCUCGGAAGCGACGUCAAAGGCUUAGGGAUUCUCCAAAAGCAAAUGGAUACCCCUCCAGAUACGAGCAAUUGUGUGGUUGAGGUCAAGAACAUCUACUUCGAAUGGGUCCCUGUCAAUCUCAUUGAUCGAUACGUCUGUGAGGAGGGUACUGUCUCUCGGAAGGACAUCAAGGCUAAGGCAUAUCAAGUGAAGGAGAAGGCAGAUAGAUACCUAGGAUCUCUGUAA